AUGGUCAACGCUCAUGCAAAGGACGUGUGUGACUAUGAAGAAGUAGAUUGCCCUUCGGCCAAGUGCAAAAGCAAACCGUUGCGCAAGGAUCUCAGCACACAUCAACUGACCUGCGACCGGCGGACCAUCCAGUGUGCUGCAUGUCAUCAGACAAUCUCCUUUGCAGAUGCAGAGGUUCACAGAGAGAAAUGCCCCUGUGCGAUUACGGCCUGUCUCGAUUGCGGCGUCGACAUUGUGCGCGAAGAGAUGCAACGCCACGGUGAAGCUUGCCCUCUUGCUACCAUUACCUGUGUCCAUAGCACUACCGGUUGUGCGUGGGUCGGCAUUCGGGAGGAUUACACAACCUUUCAUCUUCCUUCAUGUCCCUACGAGGCAUUGAAAGGAUUUUUUGCCAACCAUGCCAAAGAGAAUGCCACAUUGAGGCAAGAGGUCUGCAUGCUCCGCAGUGGACUACGGGAAGUGACCGACGAGAUGGCGAAGGCGAAACAAGCCCUCGGUCCAUGGUUUCGAUCGUCUCCUCAGUCCACUAUAUCAGCUCAACCUCCAGAAAGGCUACCAGGAAGGAGGAGACUGUCCAGUCCGUUUACGAAUGGUGUCCUGGGCUUUGCAGAUCCCCAGCGAGGGACGUCGGAAAUUGCGACUCAGCCUUCUGAAAGGUCUGGGCCGUCCAUGUCUCCUCCACCCAUGGAAACUACGGGCAUGCCUUCUCUCGUCUUGCAAGACUUUACGUCCAGAGCUCAACCUCACACAAUGGUACCACCCGUCAACGUUGAAGGCACGCUCGAAAACUCGCUUUGGUCACUCCGAAAUUCAGUGGUUGCGCUGUCUACAGAGUUAGAGUCGCUCAGUCGAAGACAAGAGAUGCAUUUUACGACUGAAAUCUUGCGGUUGCACGAAGAGGUGGCUUCAUUACGAGCUACCGUACACGGGUUGCGCAUGCAGGCACGUCCAGAACCCAGAAGUGAAAACGAAAAAAAAAACUAA